CGUUCCGCACUUCUUUGAGAGACUGGCUCGUGGAGAGUCAAGAGCCAAGAGGACUGCUCUUGGGUAGUGGAUCUGUACUCCUGCAAAGUCAGCCAGGAAAACCCCAGGCCAUCGUCCGGGCCACCACGCGACAGGACCCAUUCCUGCGGGCCAUCUCGUUUCUCGGCGGAUUUUCAAAGCAGCAAGCUUGUCAGAGCUUCCCCUGAAAUACCAACAGAUGACGGACUUUGGCCCCCGAGCCCCGCACGGGCCUGACAUGACGGGCACGCACGAACCCCUGCAGGAAAUGAACUUGAAUGAGAAGGAGGCAUUCGACCGCCUGAUUCGCCCAGAUGACUGCUACACAUCCGACGGCGUCUAUUGGGCGGAUCUACCGCUGCUCAAAAGGAUAGGGUUUGUCAGUUCUUACGACCUGAAAGAGGCUGGAAGAGAGUUCUGCGGCUUCUUGAAGAUGUUCAAGAACGACCCCUUGUCACCGGUGUCCUACUAUUUUCGUAAUAUGGUCCUGCCUGGUGCUGGGCUUGGUUUGGAAGGUUAUGUCCUCUUUUCUAUUGGCAAUAUCAAGCCGCUGUUUGAGAAAUCGUUUCCCGAGUGCUGGAAGACCAAAGAAAUCUGCAAUCCGACUUGGAUUGCCGCCGUCGAGUACCUUGAAAUUUGUGGCAUCAUUGUCGGCCAAAUACUCGUUGGGAUCCUUGGUGACUGGAUCGGGCGACGAUGGGGUCUGAUUCAAGAUGCUGUCAUCAUGCUUCUGGGUCUUGUCAUGCUGACUGCAGCUUGGGGGGUUACCCAGAAUGGAUGGGUGAUAUGCUACGUUUGGUCCUUGUUUUUCUACGGCAUCGGGGUUGGAGGUGAAUACCCCAUGACGGCUACAAGUGGCAUGGAAAAUGCUGUCGGUUCCGGUAAGGUUUCGACAAAGGAAGACCGAUUGCACCGUGGCCGGAAAGUCACAAGUGCAUUUCUCAUGCAGGGCUGGGGCCAGUUUUUCAAUCAAGCCCUUUUGAUCAUUCUUCUUCUCAUCUUUCAUCAUGGAAGCGGAAAUGCCCCUUAUUCAACAGUUUCAGCGCAGUGGACGUACCGUGUCUCGUUCGCCAUUCCCGCUGUGGGCACCCUAUGGCUGGUGUAUUACCGCUUUUACAAGAUGAAAGCCGCCAGCAAGCAGUUGGCUAUUGCGAAAGCGAAAUCUCGCGUUACCGGCUACGACACCAAGUCGCUUCGACUUACCUUCAAGUACUUUGGCUUCCGUCUCUUAGCUACAGCCGGAACGUGGUUUGCCAACGAUGUGUUCUUCUACGGGAACAAGCUGUUCCAGAACGAGUUUAUUUCUGUUAUCAGCCCAGAGACUACGUCCAUUAUGCCGGGGUGGCUUUAUAACCUCCUCAACGUUGGCGUUUCCCUCGUCGGUUACUACUUGGCCUCAUUUCUCAUUGACAGCAAACUCUACGGUCGCAAGUGGAUGCAGAUCAUCGGCUUCUUAAUGGAUUUCAUUUUCUUCAUCAUUCCGGCGUAUCACUUCGAAUACUACACCUCACCCGAACACAUCCACGCUUUCCAAGCGAUGUACUUCCUCAGCAGCUUUUUCAACCAAUUCGGCCCGAACUCAGUGACUUUCUUGGUCGCUGCCGAGGUCUUUCCUACCCCGAUCCGCGCGUCAGCCCACGGUUUUGCGGCUGCCAUUGGUAAACUUGGUGCAUUGGUGGCAGCGGUGAUGUACAAUUACAUCUCCACCACACAAAAAUUCCACGUUGUACCAUGGUUUGGCUUGGCCGGCAUGGUUCUCACUUUCCUGUUUCUCCCUGACACAACCGGUCUUGAUUUGAAAGAACAAGAGCGACGUUGGUUUUAUAUCCGCAAUGGGCGUGAGCAUGAGUAUCAUGGUCCUGCCGUGCACCCAUCGCAUCUAUCUCUCUGGGAGCGGUUCCGUGGCGUUGGCAAAUAUUAUGAUGCCGAUCUUGAUUACAAGCAAAAAGUCAAGGAGUUACGAGAGGAGUGGCUUGCCUCCGUGGCUCGCCAUUCCGAUGAAAAGCCUCGCCCGUACGAUGACGGAGACCUUAGUGAAGGUCUAUUACAGGAGAGUGUGCAGCGAUACUUUGAGCGUACUAGCCCUAUGAUCUUUGCCAAGGAGCAAUUUACCAGUGACUUUAACAAGGAAGGCUUGGAAAACUUGCCGCCUCCGCAAGCCGGGAGCUCGGAGGACAUUUCAAAUUGAUUCUUUGUGCGUUUAUUAGCGGGCGUUUGGCAUUGACUUUUUUGAUAUGUUCCUUUAUCGUUUCUAAUGGGCCUCUUUUUGUCUGUCAGCAUCUGAGCGUUAACACAGAGGUCGAUAGACCGUUGAUAUAUCCAAAAGUUACUCUGCGUGGCAGGAUAUGAUGAUACCGAUACACAAGUUCAAUAAAGAAUAACGUUGACGAAUA